CGGCCUGUCCAGUGUCUCAAAUUCCUUUUUUUCUUCCCACCAAAACAGGUGGUGAGAAAAAUCUCCAGUCCGAGCCCGCUCAAUGGACGGCAUUGCGCGCAGGUUCAGAAACCAGGAAAUGCGACAAAUAAGACGCUGGUUCGCACAGAGACGUGACCUGCAGGCGCUCAUAUCCAUCCACAUGCAGCGAGGGAAGGCAGUCAUCAUUGACUGGGGGGGGGGGGAAAUCGGAGGAGAGGGGGAAGGGAAACCAAGCAGCCGCGGGGGGAGCUGCGGUGUGGAAAGCACCAAAGCAGCCAAGAAAGAGGUACUUACAGAGACCGAGGAAAGAAGUGACAGCUUUCAGGUGAAACGCGGUCAAGAUGGACACGGUCUGGGAAGACCCAAAGUGUUGUUGUUAUGUUGCGCGCGGAAGGAGGGGAUCGACGGAAAGAAAAUGGGGGGUUCCGAAGAGUUAAAACAGCCAGCAAUGGGGAAGAAGAAGAAGAGGCCUGUUCGACGGAGCUUCUCGGGGUUAUUCUGACGGGAGAAGCAAUAGUAAGGUAAGAGGGGAGGGAAAUUCCUCGAGAACCACACGGCCGUGGCGAACCGAUGCAAGAGGCGGAAAAGCAAAUGCACCCAGCAGGAUGACGGGGAAAGUCUGUCUGUCUCUGUGCGUGUGUGCUGUGGGAAAAAUAAAAGGGAAAAGCAAGGAGGUUUGACAGGGAGGUAGACAAGAAAGGAUGAGGAAUUAAAAAAAAAAAAAGUCAAAAAGGAAUUAUAAAGAACAAAAAUAAAGAGGUAAGUUUGACUUCUUCUUUCUUGGUAC